AUGAAUUCGAGGCUGAUCCCUAGUUUGAAGACCUUGCAUAGCACUUUGGACUUUAAGGUUAAGUAUGGAGUUCAUAAGGUGACAUGCACUCUACCCCGCCUCUAUCAGAUUACAGUAGUGAUGAAGAUAUAUUGGGGAGAUCCUCGUGAGAAGAUAUGUGAAGCAGUUGAACAUAUUCCUCUCUCAAGCCUUGUCAUCGGUAACCGAAGCCUCGGUGGCCAUAAAAGGAUGAUAAUGGGGUGCUUAAUAGUCUUCUCAGCUCGGAUUGCAACUGUAGAAGGGCAUAGAACGUGA